AUGGUGAUGAGGGCCUUUGUCCUGUUGGCUGUCUUUGCGGAAGCCUCUGCGAGAUCAUGCACUCCAAAUAAAGCAGAUGUCAUUCUUGUGUUUUGUUACCCCAAAACCAUCAUCACCAAAAUCCCUGAGUGUCCCUAUGGAUGGGAAGUGCAUCAGCUGGCACUUGGUGGUCUCUGUUACAAUGGGGUCCAUGAAGGAGGUUAUUACCAAUUUGUAAUCCCAGAUUUGUCACCUAAAAACAAGUCCUAUUGUGGAACCCAGUCUGAGUACAAGCCCCCCAUCUACCACUUCUACAGCCACAUUGUUUCCAAUGAUAGCACAGUGAUCAUAAAGAACCAGCCCGUGAACUACUCGUUCUCCUGUACCUACCACUCUACCUACUUGGUGAACCAGGCUGCCUUUGAUCAGAGAGUGGCCACUGUUCAUGUGAAGAACGGGAGCAUGGGCACCUUUGAAAGCCAAUUAUCUCUCAACUUCUACACUAAUGCCAAGUUCUCCACCAAGAAAGAAGCCCCUUUUGUCCUGGAGACAUCCGAAAUCGGUUCAGAUCUGUUUGCGGGAGUAGAAGCCAAAGGGUUAAGCAUUAGGUUUAAAGUGGUUUUGAACAGCUGUUGGGCCACACCCUCGGCUGACUUCAUGUAUCCCUUACAGUGGCAGCUGAUCAACAAGGGCUGUCCCACAGAUGAGACAGUCCUUGUGCAUGAGAACGGGAAAGAUCACAGAGCAACUUUCCAAUUCAAUGCUUUCCGGUUCCAGAACAUCCCCAAACUCUCCAAGGUUUGGUUACACUGUGAGACGUUCAUCUGUGACAGUGAGAAGCUCUCCUGCCCAGUGGCUUGCGACAAGAGGAAACGCCUCCUGCGGGACCAGACCGGGGGCGUCCUGGUGGUGGAGCUCUCCCUGCGGAGCAGGGGAUUCUCGAGUUUCUAUAGCUUCUCAGAUGCCCUCUGUGCCCUGCUCGUGAUGCUGGGGGUCUGUGCUGCGCUACAGGAGUCAGCAGGCAGGCAGCUGCAGCUCCUCCCCAAACCAUCUCCACCGAUGAAAAGCUCACAUUUAUUGUGAUGCCAAAAAGAACAAACAGAAGACCAUACUGUUAGGGAGGAGAGAAUUGCAUUUUGCCAAAUAUGUGUUCCAGUGAUUCAUGAAUUUCAGUGACUGAUUUUCUUUGGUGCUCCACUUCCUCUUGUGGCUUCCUGUGGCUCUUAGAUCCUGCCAGCCUCUCUUGCAGCUGGAGGAGGAGCCUCCUUCCCCUAUACUCAAGUCAGGGAGUGGCAGAUUCCUUUGAAAGCUAGUCUAAUUUUAAAACUAGCAGAUCCAACCAAGAGCAGCUGAACACUUUGAGGAGGAUGUAGAGCAUAACCACAAAGUCGGUGCUAAGUACAGAGUGCACAGGAUAGCAGCGCUGUCAAAGGGGGCCUUUGUCACUGAUACCGUGCAAUUCUUAUUCUUACCCAAGGACCAGGACUGAGCCGCCAGGCAGGGGUGGGGUGGGGUUCCAAACUUUCAAAGGAUGAUAUGGAAAUCAGACUGAAAUACAGUAGUUUUGCUC